CAAACAAAGAUUCUAAUAUGAUAGGAGCUUGUUUUAAAAAGUAAAAGCUUUAAGCUCCUAAAACCUCCAAAAAGCUUCUUACCAAAUAUACCCCCCAAGUCCUCAACAAGUCAAAAACAACAUCUAAAGUUAGAUACAAUGAUACAUACUAAUAGAUUUUGGCGUAUAGUUUACUACGUUAAGAAGCACGUAACCUUGUUCUUUGUAUAAUUUAUUGAGCAUAGUAUAGUAACCCUUAUAUUGGUUUAGUAUAUAAUUAUGUUAAUCUUGUUGCUAUUGAGGUCUAAUAUUUUUUUUCUUGUUCUUUUUGAGUGCUUAUCUGAGGUAAAGGGAGGCUUUGUGUUUUGUAUAAUUAUGAUGUUCGAUAUUGACAUCCCCUCCAUUAUCAGUGCUGGAUAGAAGAGUUUGAAAGAAUGUCAGACAUGUCUAUGUAUGAGCUCGAUGAUAUAAUCUGGGAUGACUUUGAUCAAGGUGAUGACCAUAUAGUACCACACCCUACUAAUGCUAGGACAAGUAGAAAUUCAUUUGAACGUGAUAACUGUAAGAAAUUCCGGCGUGAGACAACUCCUAUUUUGAGCAACUCUGGCAAUCUUGGUGUUUCCAAUACUGUCUAUCAAGGGAUCACAGAAACAGACUCUAAGCCAUUGGAUAAGAAAACGAACAUGAUGGAAAAGGAAAUACUUUCUCAUCGACCGCCUGCUGUAUUCAGGUCUUCAAGUGAUGGUGAGAUUGUUAAAGAUAUACCUAAUUUAGCAUCUGAUGACACUAGAAUGUCACGUAGCUGCUUCAAAAUUAGCCAUGUCACCUCUGGUGCUGAUUCUGGUGUCGGAGAUCAUGUCCUCAGUGGCACAUCAGCUGCAGGUGAUAAUAAGUCAUACAGUUACCCGCUAACACAUAUUUCCCAAGAAGGAGAUCUUUGUUUUGUAGACAAUAAUUGUGAGGAUAAGGGAUCAAGUGAUCUUUUAUAUUAUGGCUGGCCUGAUAUUGAAAACUUCGAGGAUGUAGACCAGUUAAUAAGAAGUUGUGAUUCAUCAUUUGGACUAGGUGUUACAAACAAUGAUACUGAACUUGGCUGGUAUACAUCAGAUCGACUUGAGGGUUCUGAAGAAGCAUCAAGUUUCAACUUCCCGUGUCCCAAGCCAAGUGAUUUGAAAAAUAUCUUAAUGAAUCAUGAUUCUUCAGAGUCAAAUAAUCACAAGAUAAGUUGUAUCUCUGAAAGCAAAGAUGAACUUAAUUACAGAAAUCAGAAAAAGCAGUCAAAGAAUCAGAGUCAGAUGGAAGGAAAUAAAGUAGGACAAGGUGUAGGAAACGAUGAUAGUUCCUUGUAUCAAAUCAGUGACUUGACAAGCAAUGAUAGUCGGCUUUCUUCCAGAAAUAAGUUUGACCAAGUGUUUACCUCGUUAGGCAAUCGACAGCAGUAUAGAAACCUCGAACCUGAUUUUUCUGGUCACAUGCCGAGCAACACAUCUUAUCUACCUCCAAGUUAUUCUCAUCAAACCACACCUGGACCAAUGGAGUCUGGUAUUACAUCUGAACAUAAGGAUCUAAAGGCCCCUUGUCUGAUGGAGUUUUCCUAUGCAUCUAACCAGGGUUAUUCAAUGGGGAGUGCUGCUGAAGUUGAUGUGCAAAAUCAGGAAGGUAAUUUACAAGGAUUUCAGCCCUUACCUAUUGGAUGCCCUAGACAGACAGGUAUGAUGUUUCAGUCUUCAAAGAGUAUCUUGCUUUCUACUGAAAACCAAGUUCACGGAAAUGAACUUGAAAAGCAAAGUGAUAUGGAAGGGGUUGAAAAAAGAGAUGAUGUAGGAUUAUCAAAUGGUUCAGCAAGCUCUUUAAUUGGUUCUGACUUGGAUCAGAUGUCACUUGAAUCAACUUGUUUCCGACAGCUACGACAGAUUAUGGAACAGUUGGACUUGAGAACUAAGUUAUGUAUAAGGGACAGUCUGUACCGAUUAGCGAGAAGUGCUGAGCAGCGGCAUAAUAAUCCAGGUCUCAAUAGUGCCGCAACUGAUAUGAACGAUAUUGGUGGUCCUAUAAUUGCUGAUAGAUCUGACAAGUGCACUGGAUUCAUGGAUAUGGAAACUGAUACAAAUCCUAUAGAUCGUUCGGUAGCACAUUUAUUGUUUCAUAGGCCUUCAGAAUCACCUAAUUUGCCUGCUCCAUUGUCUCCCAAGCCAAAUCUGAAACAAGGGUCUAUGCCAGGACCCUCGAGGAUGACAGAGAAAAUAGUACGUCAAGAAGAAUUAGCAGCCGAGUCAAAUGACAAGACCGGUGGCAACGAAAUUAGGCUAUAGUUAUUGUUUAUAGUUUGUGCAAUAUAAUGUAUAAAAUCAUCCAAGAGGCCCCAUGGAUCACAACAUAUACCUAUACCAGUAGGGCUUUUACAAUUUCUUGGUAUAUAUCCCUUUUUUUUAAAAAAUCUUGAUAGCAAUUUAUGUCUUAAAUUAACCUUCAAA